AUGGAUUUUAAUUAUUGACUUCGUCAAUUUUCUUAUAACUCUGUCUGAUAACUAUUAUAUGGAUGAACACUUUAACGAAUGGAAUAUUAAAACAUGACUUGAUGACUUAUCUACGUAAUUUUCAGGUCCAUUUCAUAAAGCAAAUGGUAUUAUAAUUAUAGAUUGAAUGGUACUACGAAAGCUAAUUAAAGUCAUCAUAGAUAUACUGCGCGGGUGAGGCGCACGCUCUAUCUACGUAUUGACCAGCAGGGUUAGAGCAGCUCGCAGCCGGACUGCAUUCGCCAUGAUUACCAAGCACCUGUGGUCCUUGCACCACAUCUCAAAAACAGUGAUCUCCCCGAAGACUAUACUGUUCCUGCGUUUGUUGGGAGGACAGUACUCCAAGAUCUGUUCCAACAGACUGGUGUGCGCCGUCACUGCCGUCUACUGCAUCGUCUUUAGCUGCUACGCGCCAGUGCAGAUGUUGAUGUUACUCGCCCGAAGUUUGACACCCACCUCUGUACAGUCAACAGCAGCUGUUACUAUUUUCUUGUCAAGUGCGCUCACCUCAUUCUGGUAUCCUGAAUAUUUCCAAAUAUUUCAAAAUGACAUGGCAGCCAUAGACAUUGUACUGCGAGGGAAAUCGGAACUAGACAUACCACUCACUCGCGUCUUGUUAAUAGCGGUUGUUGUGUCUCACGUCAGCACAAUAGUCCCAUUCGCUAUCAAUGGAGUAUUGGAGGGUAGGGCAGAGUUUCAAAUCUCAAAAUUCUUAUUCGUUGCCUAUUUCGUGCUACAGAAUGGGAUCACUUAUUUAAUGGCAGUCAUGGUCUUCGAGAUAUUGUGGUAUAGAGUGAGAAAGUUCAGAGAACACUUGGAGAACUACUUACCACGAGUGUGUCGGGCACAGGACGUGCAGGCCGCCACCGAGGACAUCUGCAAGUGCCUGCUGCUCUACCAGAACAUUCUGGAGGCUUUUAAGAAGACGAACGUUCCCAUCAAAAUUGCAAUACUGACGGCGACGGCAGCCAGUUUCUUCAAGGUCAUUGCUGGAGUUUUCGAACUCAUUACUUCUUCGAGCACUCACAUAAAAGUGCUGCGGAUCCACGAGGCGGUGUUGGACAGCGUGCUGCCGCUGACGCCGGCGGUGCUGGCCGCGCUCAUACAGGGCGAGCUCAACCGCAUCAAGCUCUUCAUUGGCAACCUUAUACUAAACGCUAAAGACGAGAGCGUGCACGAUGCUCUGUGCGACUGCCAGCUGUACCUGGAGCACCGGCCCUUCAGGUACUCCGUGUGGAGGCUGUUCACCGUGGACCUGAGCCUCGUCAUCUCCGUCAUCAACCUCUACGUCACCUCGCUCAUCGCCAUGAUACAGUUCGGUCACUUUUAUAACUGAACUUAUCGGUUAACAUACUACGACAAAGCAGAAUUGUGGAGGCUUAGUACUUUUACUGGUUUUUUCCUGUGCGUAACUUUAAUUAUACCGUUGUUUGACUAUGUAUAAUGUGUUAUAAUCCUAAUAGUUUUUAACAAUCUGAUGAUUAUUAUAGAAAUAUUUAUCUUGGCACAUAAUUUUGCUAUGAACAACUAGUGCACAUGAUUUAUAACAACGUAGUUAUUGGGAUCGAUCUAUGCAGAGUGACGGAUGACGUAGGGCAGCGAUCGGUUCACCGUGACUGAUGGCGAAUUUGUGAUACAUUGGUGACGCAACAAGUCCUUCACGCGUCGGUGGUGCCGCGGGGCCUGACAUGUAUAUCGUGCGUCGGAAGCGGUCGGUUACCGGGCAGGGCGCGCUGGCCAUCCGGCAGCCGGCAGCCACUCCCCGGCCGGUCAAGGGCGCCGGGAACUGACACUGAGCCACUUUGCUGGUAAUGAGAAUGUAUGGCGCGGAGGCAGUGGGGCACGUUGUGCGAAACUGUGUGUUUAUUACUGUUUCACUUUAUUUAUGUGUCUAAUAAACGUCUCGUGCUUGGAGUAAGGCCUGUUUUAUGUUUGUACAUUGUGAGCCUAUUAAAACAUUCUAUAGCCAUUUAGGCCUUAAUUUCGUGAAGGUACCUUUUAUACAUACAUGUGUGUAUGUAGGUACGUCACCACUAGAGUCUGUAUUUCAUAGAAACUAGCAAUUGGAAAUUGCCCUUUCAAAAGGUUUAGUUCUUAGAACUUCACUAAGUUAAUAACUUACAUUGUACUUUAUAAUGUGUAAUCAAUCUUUUCAGA